CGUCAGCAGGGGAGGGGCGCUGGAAACUGGUCUCUUAUGGAGGAGGAAGCAGAUGCCCAGAGACGAUGAUGGGCUGGGUCUGGGCCACACAGCGAGGCAACCGCCAAGCCAGGGGCCGUGGAGAAGGGGGUGUCGGGAGACCUGGGCUCUGAUUUCUCCACCCAGGUGAACUCCUCUUCCCUCAACUCCCCCACGGGGCGUGGCUCCAUGGCCGCCCCCUCGCUGCACCCCUCUCUGGGGCCCGGCAUCGGCUCCUCGCUCGGCUCCCCCGGCCAGCUGCACUCGCCCAUCAGCACCCUGAGCCCGCCCAUCAACGGCAUGGGCCCACCGUUCUCAGUCAUCAGCUCCCCCAUGGGCCCCCACUCCAUGUCAGUGCCCACCACGCCCACCCUGGGCUUCGGCACCAGCAGCCCCCAGCUCAGCUCGCCCAUGAACCCCGUCAGCAGCAGCGAGGACAUCAAGCCCCCGCUGGGCCUCAAUGGUGUCCUCAAAGUCCCGGCCCACCCCUCAGGGAACAUGGCGUCCUUCACCAAGCACAUCUGUGCCAUCUGCGGGGACCGCUCCUCAGGCAAGCACUACGGGGUGUACAGCUGCGAGGGCUGCAAGGGCUUCUUCAAGCGGACGGUGCGCAAGGACCUGACCUACACCUGCCGGGACAACAAGGACUGUCUGAUCGACAAGCGGCAACGCAACCGCUGUCAGUACUGCCGCUACCAGAAGUGCCUGGCCAUGGGCAUGAAGCGCGAAGCCGUGCAGGAGGAGAGGCAGCGGGGCAAGGACCGGAACGAGAACGAGGUGGAGUCCACCAGCAGUGCCAACGAGGACAUGCCGGUGGAGAAGAUUCUGGAGGCAGAGCUGGCCGUCGAGCCCAAGACCGAGACGUACGUGGACGCGAACAUGGGGCUGAACCCCAACUCGCCCAACGACCCCGUCACCAACAUCUGCCAGGCAGCGGACAAGCAGCUCUUUACCCUGGUCGAGUGGGCCAAGCGGAUCCCGCACUUCUCAGAGCUGCCCCUGGACGACCAGGUCAUCCUGCUGAGGGCAGGCUGGAACGAGCUGCUCAUCGCCUCCUUCUCCCACCGGUCCAUCGCCGUGAAGGACGGGAUCCUCCUGGCCACCGGGCUGCACGUGCACCGGAACAGCGCCCACAGCGCCGGGGUGGGCGCCAUCUUUGACAGGGUGCUGACGGAGCUCGUGUCCAAGAUGCGGGACAUGCAGAUGGACAAGACGGAGCUGGGCUGCCUGCGCGCCAUCGUCCUCUUCAACCCCGACUCCAAGGGGCUCUCGAACCCAGCGGAGGUGGAGGCCCUGCGGGAGAAGGUCUACGCGUCCCUGGAGGCAUACUGCAAGCACAAAUACCCUGAGCAGCCGGGAAGGUUCGCCAAGCUGCUGCUGCGCCUUCCUGCCCUGCGCUCCAUCGGCCUCAAGUGCCUGGAACACCUUUUUUUCUUCAAACUCAUCGGGGACACGCCCAUCGACACCUUCCUCAUGGAGAUGCUGGAAGCUCCACACCAAAUGACUUAGGCCCGCGGCCCGUCCUUCGCGCCCGCCUGCUCCCCCACCCCCGGCCUGGCCACCCCGCCUGGCCGCCAGCUGCUCGUCCCGGCGGAGCCCCGUCCCCGCCCCUUCUCCGCCCGGCCUGCUCGACGUGGGGGCGCAGCCUGCUAAGCCUCGGAGUUGCCGACGCCUCCUUACGUUCAGGGCAGCGCGGCUCACCUGGCCGCCGGCCUGCCCUGGAGCUGUAGCAGCCGCUGGUGAUUGGAACAUCCCGCGCCACCCUCCUGUGUCUGCAGUGGCCCCUUCGCCGCCCGUCAGGUGCCCCCCCGGCCAGCGCGCCCCGCCCAGCGUCAGUGGCGGGGUGCCAACGACCCCGCCUGCACCGUCCCCGCCCCGGCGCACUUGAGAGGGGCUCCGGGGCCCCGGGCUCCCCUUCCCUCGCAGGGACGGGCCAGCAGCCCCUUCCCAAAGAUGGCUUGCAACUUCGCCCCCGAGCCGACCGGAACGGGAACUGACCUCCGUGCGGGGUUCUGGGGCCACCUCAAGGCUGCCGGGACUGGGGUCACCCACCUUCCCACCUCGGUUUUCUCUCUGCAUCACCCUGGUUUCAGCUUCUUCGCUCGCACAGCCCCGUCCGACCCAGGGUAGCCAGACCCAGUGUGUGGCCCGUCUCCGUUCUGCCUUCUGUUUCGGCCUGUGAGGAGGGGCGGGCUCGCGCCCGGUUCCUGGAGGGCGAGCCCGCUUCCCGGCCUUCCUGGAAGUCCGGGCCACGCUGGUGUGACUCAGCUGACCUCGCGGGCAGAGAUGGCCUCCGGGGAGGCCCGCAGGGGUGGGAGGAGGGGAGGCCCGCAGGGGUGGGGGGGCUGCUUCCUGGAGCUGCUGGGACAGAGGCCCCCUUUGCUGGCUGGCUGUUGUGUGUAGGAACCUCUUGGAAUCGGGGACGUCGCGUGCCAGCGUCCUCGGGCCUGUGGCUAGAUGCCCCUCGGGGACAGCCAGCCCGGCUGCUGUCUUGUCUGGGCAACAGCCUUAUGUGGGGCUCCAUCGGACACCUGCUCCGGCUCAUGGCUCCCCAGUCCAGCCCAGCACCUGCUUCCGUAGCAUCUCUGCCGACCCGGGCAGGGGCGCUGCCUCCUGGGUGGUGGGGGGGGGGGCACGCUCCGAGCUCCGGGGGUGCAGGGGCUCUCUCAGGUUGAACCGGCUUCUUUUGCACUGUAAUGCCCUCCCUUUGGUCUGAGUACUUUCCAUUCUCGCCCCUCAUACUCCAUGAACCCAGCGUUUGUCACUAGUGGGGGCCUGAGCAGGGAUGGGGGGUGAGGGGAUGCAGACAGCUCCUGCCCUCUUGGCCCUUGAGGGGAUGACCUGUACCCUGGGGGGGGGGGGGUCCUGAGGCAGGAUGCGGAGAGGCAGGCCUGCUGGCCCUCAGGCCUCCGUGGGGAAAGUAGCUGUGGCUCUUCUCCUUCCAGAGUCCCCGGCCAAGCUGGAAAGUGAGGCUCCGGGCAGAGGCUCUGAGGUGGCACAAAACUCUCCUUUCUCCACCGUCCACCCCGUUCAUCACGUGGGGAGGUGUCCCCUGCUGGGCGGGCGGCAGAGGCGGGGUGUGCUGGGGCCUGCCCAGCUCCCAGACGCUCCCCCAAAUCUCAGCAGCCUCUGGGGGCUCCAUUGUGACCAGCAGCGGCGCAGGGACGCUUGGGGACUCCCUCGCGGGGUCCCCGGUCGUGGAAAUAAAUGGUAGACUGCCCCUCGCCCAGCAUCCCUGGUGCCUUGUGCACCCGGUCCUCCCCACCCCGCCCCCUCGGGCAUGUGGGAACGUCAUCGUUCCGGGCCUCGGGGGCCCCGGCUGUUAGUCCGUAAAGCACUGAGGCCCCCGGGUUCCCGCCACCUCGACAGCCAGAAACCCCCAGCCCCUCUGCGCCCCGCCCCCCCACAGCCCGCAGGCACAGCAUCCCAGGGCCUUGGGCUGCCCUUCUCUUCCAUCUGUCUGCUGUCCUUGUCAUCCAUCCUGUGCUGUUUGAGAAGGCGGUAGAUGGGGAGACGGCCCGUUGCUCAGUAGAGAGGUAGGAUUUUUAUGUGACCAGACCUUUAAUAGUAUUACCAAUCUGGUUCCAUUAAGGUGAUUUUUUUUGUAAUUAUUAUUAUUAUUAUUAUUAUUAUUAUUUUGGUGGGACAAUCUUUAAUUUUCUAAAGAUAGCACUAACAUCAGCUCGUUAGCCACCUCUUGCCCGUCCCGCCUCGGCCGGGCCGGACGCCGCCCGGGCCCCGGCCUGCAGGUGCCUCCGCGUACUUGCUCCGCGGACUCACUGCCCCGCUUUGACAUGCAGACGGGGUUCCCACGGCAGAGGAGCCCAGAUGACCGCGUCCCGCGUCUGCAAGGUGUCCGCAGAGCCAGGCUCUGGCUUGCCACCCCCCCCCCCCAGCCCCCGUCAAGUGUCUCCUUGGAAGCCAGCCUGCCCUUGUCACCUGGAAACACACGGUCUCUGGGGGAAGAUGGCCCCACGCCCUCGGCUUUCCAAGUCUCGGCGUUCCUAGAGGAUUCGGGCCGGCGGCAAGCAUGGGGAGCCACGGCAGGGCUCCCUCCUCUGCAGGGGGCCCCUAGGAGGGCCCGGCCAGACGUGCAGUCAGUGGGUAAUCGGCUGAUGUUGUCCCCAUCACGGAAUUCGGGCGCGUGGCCUGGUCCCUGCCCUCGCAGGGGUGUGGUGUAAAAUGUCCGUGCUGUACAGAGAGGACCUGCGUGGAGCCACACGCCGUCGACACGCAGCACACGCGUAGCGGUUACCAGCGUUUUGUUUUCAUUUUUAAUCCAGACUUUCCCCCUCCUCCCGUGUUCCUGUACAUUUGCUUCAUGUGAGCAAGUAAUAAGGACCCCUCCUUUGGUGAAAUCCGGGUUCGAAUGAAUAUGUCAAGGCAAGGAGUGCAUCUAUUUUAAGAUGCUUUGGAGCAAGCAGCUUCAUCAGUCCCCGAUCCUUAGCCAUGCCUUAGCUGGGACGCGUAGCUAACGCUUUAGAGAGGUUGACAAGUACAUACAGAGAUAAAAUGUCUAAAGCAUCGGGAAAGGUAAAAAAAAAAAAAAAAAAAAUCUAUUUUUGUACAAAUGUAAUUUUAUCCCUCAUGUAUACUUGGAUGAUGGGGGAGGGGGGGUGGGACCUGUUUUGUUUCUGCUUCUGGACACGGAGGCGAGAGCUUCCCCGCGAAGCCUGGGGCGCGGCGCACGGGCUUUGUACGAACCUCUGCGCGCAGACGUCCCCCUCGGGCGGAGGUGGGCCCGAGACGUUCAAGGGUUUUCUUCCCCUUCCGAGAGGUCUUUAAAGCCUUGCGCUGUCCCGCCCCCGUUGCCAGCCGGCCUUCCCGAGACUCUGUUUGGCUGUGAACUUCCUUCCCUGCGUGAUUGUUCUCUGAACACCGCCACCGCAGGUGCCGGGCACGGACGAACAACGGUGUCAGAACGUGGAAAGAAACACAGAAAAACUGAGAGGAGAAACAAAAUAUGAGCGUUUAAAAAUA